AUGAAAACGUUAACUUUAUAUUUAAAAAUUACUACAUUCCUUCUUUUAAUUUGGAUGUAUCAAUGUUUUUAUAACUGUGAUUCAUAUAAAACUUUGAUUGAUAAAAAUAUAUUUCAAACAAAAAAUAAGUUAAAAUAUGAAAGAGUAUUAUCUGAGGAUAACAUACCACUAAAAAAGGAAACUUACUCUGAAGAAUGUCUAGAAGAAUGUUCAUUAGAUAAUAAAGAAAAAAAAUGGGAAAAUCCAGUUAAAUACGAGAAUCCGUGCGAUCAAUGGCAUAAAGUCAUUACUCCAAAUUUGUGGGAGCGAUUUAAUGAAGAAACAAGUGGAAUGGACCCUAAAUUGAAAGAAAAAAAAUGGAAUAUUAUAUGGAAUAAAAUUUCAGCUAAAAAAGUUAAUGAUCUAUCUUUAAUAUUUCGUCGAAGAGAUAUUCCAGAUGAAGAAAAAGAAAAAUUAAUUGAUAGUGUUAUGGAAGAACUUCUCUUAGAAUUUGAGAAAUUUUUAUACGAAUGUAAGAAAGAGAUGAAAGACAAUAAAACAGAAUCCUAA